AUGGCUUUCAUUUCCACCAUUUCCAUACACCCCUCAACUCUGCUUUCUUCUCGUUCCAUCUCCUCAAAGAGACUAAUAAAUGCAGCAAUCCGUAUUCCAAAGCUAAAUAGCAGACCUUUCAAUAAUAACAAUCUCUCGGUGCCAAAGAUACCUUCUUCUUCAAGAGAUCUCGUUCAAGAUUAUGUGAUGAGCACCACACACUCAAAAAUGUUACACCACAAUCAUAACAUUAAGACCCUUGAGCUCUUAUCAAUCUUGGAGGCCGUAGCUGAGAGAGCUGAGAUUCACAAAAACGUUGCGGAACAACGUGAUAAUUGGAACAAGCUCCUUCUCAACAGCAUCAACAUGAUUACACUUGCUGCAGCAACAAUGGUUGCGGUUGCUGACAGUCACGGCGGCGGGGCAUCAUCCAUUUCAGCACUUAACCUAUCUUCCACCCUAUUGUUUUCUGCAGCAACUGGAAUGCUUCUUGUGAUGAACAAGAUCCAGCCCUCGCAACUCGCUGAGGAACAACGCAAAGCAACUAGGUCCUUUAAGCAGCUUCAGACUCAAAUCGAAACCACACUCGCUCUUGGAGUUCCAACCGAAGAAGAUGUCAAGUCCUCAAUAGCAAAGGUUUUGGCCAUUGAGAAAGCUUAUCCGCUUCCAUUGUUGGGCGGGGCUAUGCUUGAAAAGUUUCCUGCGAAAUUCGAACCUGCUGUUUGGUGGCCAAGAAGGAACAACAAGACCAAAAGUGAUCAUCAAGAAGGAAAGGCUCUGAUGAAUAUGAACGGGUGGAGUGAAGAACUAGAAAUGGAGCUGAGGGAGGUUAUUGAAGUUGUGAAGAGAAAAGAUGUUGAAGAUUAUGAGAGGCUUGGAAACAAGGCACUGAAAGCAAACAAGACUCUGGCCAUUGCAGGCCCCUUGCUCACUGCCAUUGCAGCUUUGGGAUCUGUGUUUGUGGCGGGAAAUAACGGUGCAGGUGUGGUUUCUGCCAUGGCUGGGUCAAUGGCAGCUGUAGUCAACGCUUUUGAGCAUGGUGGGCAAGUAGGGAUGGUGUUUGAGAUGUACAGAAACUGCGGUGGGUUUUUCAAACAAUUAGAAGAAACAGUUGAAGCCACGCUUGAAGAGAAUGAUUUUGACAAGAGAGAGAAUGGGCAAGUGUUUGAAUUGAAGGUGGCUUUGCAAUUGGGAAGAAGUGUGUCUCAGCUCAGAGAACUCGCUUCUAAAUCAGUUUCUUGUCGAGCCGAAGGGAUUUCUAUUGAUGAAUUUGCAAGCAAGAUGUUCUAAUCAUUUAUUAACUAUAUUUCUUAAUUAGAAUUAUAAAUGUACAUAUAUGUUCUUUCAUUCAUUCUGUGUGUCCAUUUUAGAUUUUUGCUUUAAUUUUUGUAAACUUAGCAGUCUUAGAUCAAUAAUACGUAUUCUUUUUCGCAACUU